UGUGCAGUAAGAGGUAACCUGGCAAGUGGUAGUGGCGCUUCUCGGGUUCUGUGCUUCACGCUUUGGUACUAAAGGCCGAGACUGUUCUGGCGACGGCGACCUCUACGGCAACAGCUUAAGCUCUCGGAGGAGUGGCAGAGUACGAUCUGAAGGAGGGGCUUCUGGUCAGCCCAGGUUCUAUCAUAAUGAAUGGAUCCAAUAUGGCAAAUACAUCACCCAGUGUAAAAUCCAAAGAGGACCAGGGGUUAAGUGGGCACGAUGAAAAGGAAAACCCAUUUGCAGAGUACAUGUGGAUGGAGAAUGAAGAGGAUUUCAACAGACAGGUGGAGGAGGAACUGCAGGAGCAAGACUUCUUGGACCGCUGCUUCCAAGAGAUGCUGGAUGAAGAAGACCAAGACUGGUUUAUUCCAUCACGAGACCUGCCUCAGGCCAUGGGACAGUUGCAACAGCAGUUAAAUGGACUGUCAGUCAGUGAAGGUCAUGAUUCUGAAGAUAUUUUGAGCAAAAGUAACCUGAACCCAGAUGCCAAGGAGUUUAUUCCAGGAGAGAAGUACUGAGCCGACAAAGCUUUGAGGAGGACUUGUCUGUCCCCACAUCUGGGGACAGUAAUGCACAAAAUAGUGGAGCUGAAGAUGGGGAUGGGGCGGGCGAGGGACGCACAGCGGGAAGGGGAGUGGUGGUCUCACGAUACUGUGACUCUGAGUAACUAAUAUGCUCAGUCUUAUUCUACAAGCCUCUGAGUAUUUCUGUUUUGUUCUGCUGAUUUUUGUUUGGAGCAGUUUCCUGUUUUGUUUUUUUGAAUAGCUCUUUCGAGUUAAGGAAAUUGCAUUUCCCCCGCUUCAUCAGGAGUGUUCUGCGGUGUGUGUUUAAACAAAAUAAGCUGACCAAGAUAAACUGGAUAUUUAGGAAAUGCCCCUCUCACCCUGCUGUAUACUUACCAAGGACAGUGAGCCCCUGGAGAACUUUUUGUGGAAUCUAUUGAAUUGGAUGGGAAAAGGGACAAGCAGAAAGAGCAGGUGGUGCAAACCAGAAUUUGAGGCUCAGCUCCCCCAUCGCUGGGGUCUCCUGCAGUGAACUGGGAUAACCAAUGCCCUGCCGAGCCCUUGCCUGUUUGUCCUGAACCCCAUUCAAGAAAACGCAGACUUAGAGUACUUAGUUUACAGUAACUUUGAUGAUUGUUGAAAGUUGUAAAUCAGAAGGUGGGGCUGUGAUGGUGGUUGUCACUUGAGUCAUUUAGUUACUGUUGUCCUGUUCAUAAGCCUGUGUUCACCAUCACCAUCAGACUCACCAUUUAUAAGUAGAAGAGCACUGUUGAUCUGCCACCUCAUCUUUCAUGAAGUCUAUUCCCCGGCCUCCUUUCCACCCUAUCCUACUCUGUUUUUAAGAAAAGAUAUUGCUGCCAAAGGCAUAGGGGAGGCCAGGUGUGCUGACAAUUAGCAUGAGCCUGCAGAAGUCAUCCUUGAAUCUGCUGUGUCUAAAUUUUAUUUGGACAGCCUUAUUUUUUCCAGCCUCAACACUUGGUCUUCCUGGUGUCUCAAUUCCCUCAGACAAGUUUAUGCACGUUUUAAAGGAUAUAUUUUUCAGGACACUAGUAAGAAGCUCAGUUCACAGUUUGGAUAUUUCUUCCCACAUUGCCGAAUUUUGGAAAGGAACUCAAAACCAGCCUAGGAAAGUGAGUCCUGCUUGACCCAUGUGACUGUGUACCUGACCCUCUGGGAUCUUUUCAGCUAUUAAAACAUUUUACUGUUCCCACA